GAGGGAGGAGGGGAAAGGGAAAACAGGAAUGCCGCUGGGAAAAUACUACUGCGACUACUGCGAUAAGCAGUUUCAGGAUACACCGUUUCACCGGAAACGCCAUAUUCAGGGGCUUCACCACCAGAAAGCCAAAGCUCUUUGGUAUGCAUCUAUACCACGAGAUCCCAAUCAGAUAUCCCUAGAGUCAUCCGCUAUUGGGGUAUGCAACCGCUUCAUUCGGACGGGUUCAUGCCCAUAUGGUGAUUCUUGUAAAUAUCUUCAUCCUAAUCGAAACCUGCAAAACAGGAAUGUGCAGGGGUUUGCAGCUACAAACAGCAUGGAAACCCAAAUGCCAAGUUUCCAGAGGAGCCAACCCAUUGAGAGAUCCUCAUUACCAGGGGGCAUGGUCGUAGAUAGGAUGGGUGUUAUGCUAGAAAAUCUACCUCCAUCGUUAAGACCUCCACCAGAAAACGGUUAUCCGCCUCUUCCAUUUGUGGAUUGGGGAUAGGGAUCUUCUUCGUUUCGGUAUAUACGAAUGUUCAAAUUCUUCAUACUUGCGCGUUAUCAAGCGUUAUUGGAGUAUGGUCAAAUGCCAUUUGUUGGGAUAUGUAAUCUUUCUUUUGUAAUAAGAGAUCUUUACCCUCAGAUCAAUCCGAAUUGAAUGUCAAGAGGUGCAUAUUUCGUUCUAAA